AUGAUUUUCUGGCAUUAUUCAAGCUUGGGUUUGAUUGGGUUGAUCCUAAAUACCGUGGCGAUGCUUGAUGGCUUAUGUAAAGAUGGGUUGGUGCAAGAGACAAUGAAGCUUUUUGGGUUAAUGCGUGAGAAGAGUAGUAUUUCGAAAGUGGUUGUCUACAUUACUGUAGUGGAAGGCUUUUUCAAGGCACAGAAUCUUGAAGAUGCAGUGAGAAUUUUUAAGAAAAUGCAGAGUAAUGGAAUCAUUCCAAAUGCAUUUAGUAAUGGGGUUUUGACCCAGGGGCUUUGUAAAGGGAAGAUUCAAGAGGUUGGAGGACGCCUAUGA